AAUGGAGAAGGCGACGUGAUAAUGGGAAGCUCGAAACAACGAAACGUUGACGAACGGAUGAAGGUGGGACUGACGAACGAGCUAGGACCUGGAAAAGUAAAUCAAGGCAAGAAGAACUUCUCGGCACCUUGUUAAGAAAAAAAAGAGAUUACGUUGUUUUAAGGAUACUGAAAACCUUCGCUACAGUUGGGGAACGAUCUUCCUAAACCAGGAGUUGUCCUCUGAGCCCCAGGGAGGAGCUAGCUACUAGAAGAACAACCAUUAUGAUGUAAACCUGUGUCCCCUACCUCGGACCCCCCUCCCCUUCCCCUGUCCACACCCCCAUCCCUCACCCUGUCUCUCUUCCCCCCCUCUUCCUCUUCCCGGCGUAGCCAACUCUGCGCCUCCCCGGCCCCCUCUGGAGACAUGAUGAGCCUCCAUAAGCACCGUGCCAUGGGCUCCGACCGGGACCUCCAAUCCUCCACAUCCUCUGUCAGCCUCCCCUCAGUCAAGAAGGCCCCCAAGAAGAGACGACUGUCGCUGAGAAACCUCUUCAGACGCCGCCGGGAGCCCCGGAGUUUGGCGGAGCUCCACAGAGGAGCUGGGGUGGACGGCAUCGCCAGCGUGGAGGGCAUUCACUCGGACAUCAUGCUGAACGAUAAGAACUCUGCCCUCUCGGUUGUGGGAGGUGCUUGCACCUCCUCCCUAGGGGCCUCCGGAUCGGUCUUCUCCUCCCGGACCGGGGAGCUGCUCGAGUGUCCGCUGUGUCUCCUGCACCACCCCAGGGAGAGUUUCCCCGACAUCAUGACCUGCCAUCACCGGUCUUGCGGAGACUGCCUGCGCCAGUAUCUGCGGAUAGAGAUCAGCGAGUCCCGGGUCAACAUCAGCUGUCCAGAGUGCUCGGAGCGCUUCAACCCACACGACAUCCGCAUCAUCCUGGGAGACCCGCCCCUCAUGGAGAAGUACGAGGAGUUCAUGCUGAGGCGCUGGCUGGUGGCCGACCCAGACUGUCGCUGGUGUCCCGCGCCUGACUGUGGGUAUGCGGUGAUCGCCUUUGGCUGUGCCAGCUGUCCGAAAAUCACGUGCGGCCGUGAGGGCUGCGCCACGGAGUUCUGCUACCACUGCAAGCAGCUGUGGCAUCCCAACCAGACGUGUGAUGCCGCGCGCCAGCAGAGGGCUUACAGCUUGAGGAUACGCACCUUCCGCUCCUCCUCCCUCAGCUACAGCCAGGAGAGUGGAGCAGCAGAUAUUUUCAAUUUUUUGACUAGUCCAAUUUUCCCCACCUCAGCUGACGACAUCAAGCCGUGUCCGCGCUGCGCUGCUUACAUCAUCAAGAUGAACGACGGCAGCUGUAAUCACAUGACCUGUGCCGUGUGCGGCUGUGAAUUCUGCUGGCUCUGUAUGAAGGAGAUCUCUGACCUUCACUACCUGAGUCCCUCAGGCUGCACCUUCUGGGGUAAGAAGCCAUGGAGCAGGAAGAAGAAGAUCCUAUGGCAGCUGGGCACGCUGGUGGGCGCUCCUGUUGGCAUUGCUCUUAUUGCAGGCAUUGCCAUCCCUGCCAUGAUCAUUGGCAUCCCAGUCUACGUUGGGCGGAAGAUUCACAACCGCUACGAAGGGAAGGACAUGUCUCCUCACAGGAGGAACCUGGUGAUAGCAGGAGGAGUCACUCUGUCAGUCAUCAUGUCCCCCGUGGUGGCAGCCGUCACCGUCGGAAUUGGUGUGCCCAUCAUGCUGGCGUAUGUCUACGGCGUGGUGCCCAUCUCUUUGUGCCGCAGUGGGGGCUGUGGCGUCUACGCUGGUAACGGGAAAGGGGUUCGCAUCGAGUUUGAUGACGAGAAUGAUAUGAACAUUGGCAGCGGGGUGCAGGCCACAGACACCACCUCCGUGGCCGACACCAGGAACAACCCAAGCAUCGGGGAGAGCAGCGUGGGCGGGCUGACGGGCAGCCUGAGUGCCAGCGGGAGCCACAUGGAGCGCCUGGGCACCAUGAGGGACAGCCUGAGUGAGAAUGCCUCCACCAUGGCCCUGGCCGGGGCCAGCAUCACCGGCUCUCUCUCCGGGAGCGCCACGGUCAGCUACCUGCACAGGGACACCAGGUCCUGGCGUUUUAGGUUUGCUUGGAGGGACAUCCAAGACCAGGGCAACUACAUGAACAGGCUGGAGGGCCAGACUGAUGUCCAGAAGGAGAGGUGUAGUCUGAGUGGAGAGUCGGCCACGGUCAGCUUGGGGACGAUCAGUGACAACGCCAGCACCAAAGCAAUGGCUGGGUCCAUUCUGAACUAUAUACCUUUGGACCGAGACGGCACCAGUAUCGAGGUGCAGGUGGACAUUGAGCCUGGUAAACCAGGCGGUAAACUACGGCACCGCAGUGGCAGCCUAGAUGACGGGCGGUCCUGCACACCUGGCUGCCCCUCCGAGGGCAAGGGAGGCACCGCCAAGUCCUCUUCCUCAGGGAAGAAGAGUAAAGGCAAGCUGAGGAAGAGAGGAGGAGUAGGCACUAAGAUCCAGGAGGCCAGGGAGGAUAUGGAUGCCCAGCUCCUGGAGCAGCGGAGCACCACCUCCUCAGAGUUCGACUGCCCAUCCCUCAGCGGCUCCCUGCCCUCCGUAGCGGAUUCCCACUCCUCCCACUUCUCGGAGUUCAGCGGCGGCUCCGACCUGGAGAGCGUGAAGACGUCGUGCAGCUGCAGUCACGGGUCCUCGUCUGACUACCACACCCGCUUGGCCGCCGUCAGCCCCCUGCCGGAGGUGGAGGGGGACCGGCUGGAGAGAUGCCCUUCUCCGCAGGCCGUCGUCUUCCAGCCUCACUCUCCCACUUCCCCCUGCUCCUCCCCCGGGCCCUGCUCCUGUCCGGAGGUGUCGGUGUCUUCUCUCUGCCUGAUAGCAGAGGAGCACAUCAGCCUGGUGGGUCCUGCUCAGGCAGAGUUGGACUAUACUGCUGGAGGAGGGGCAGCCGUUGGACAGCUGCUGAAGGAGAACAAUAACAACCUGCAGGCCCUGCCCCCCAGCCAUUUAGCUCCUCCCACCAGCCUGCUCCAGAACUCCUGUAUUCAGACGGAGAUAUGACCUAACACCACAAGUGCUGCAGACUAACCUGUGCACUUCAUAUAGCUAGCUAGGCUUACCAUCAGUACACUUACUAACCACCAGAUCCUAACAAGGUUACAAGGUUAACUUAAUUGUUUAUUUCCUUUUAAAGGGGAGACUGUAUUUUUGGUUUUACAGUAUAUUUUUCCAGAAGACAAUGCUUAUAAAUGGAUGUCUUUCCUCAAGUGUUUAAAAUUAAAUAAAGCAGAGGGAUUGAAAGAGCAGAGCUGACUAUGCUAAGUUAGUCAGUUUUUAGACUGCCCUCUCCACUUUCCCUUGCUGGAAUCCCCAUUUUAAACUGGAUGCAGUUUGCCAAUUGCCCUUAAGUGCUGGUGUAAUUCACGAAAGCUGGCCCUAGUAUCAGCCUGACGGUUGAACAACUUUUCACUUGCAGAGUUGAUGUAAACCAUUAUUUAAUGCAAACUGCAGUCACGUGUUUAACUCUGGUGGCCACAAAGUGUUAAAUUUUAAUGAGUACCACUACAUUGUUGUGGCAUAUUAACUUCAUUGGACAGGAUCCUUAUGAGGUGCGUAGCUAAUUGGCUCUCAGAUCAUCACUUCCUUGAUCGGGCGAGUACUCUUUACAAUCACUCUCGAGCGGGAUGCUAAAUCUCUUUCCAUGAUUGUGGGUGUAGGGCAGAGGGGCUUUCUACUUUGCGUUUCGUAGUUCAGCCCAAGGAGUGAGUUUCCCUGUGUCACGUGACCCUAUUGUGGCAUUCUGACUGGCUGCAGUCCCUCGCUACAGCAUACCUCACGUCAAGUUGGUUUUCACACUUUGGCACGGUUCAUGUCUAACGGCUAUACCCACAGACCAGUUAGAAAUCCGUGAGGUGUUGGGUGGAGGAAUGCUGUCCGCGUGGCCGCACCUUAAAAUAUGUCACUCAUUGUUUGAGCCACACCCGCCAAACAGGAGUAAACAUACCUCGACGUCCGUUCAAGAACGUAGGGGAAUGUUUUUGGGUACAAACCGCUCCGCAAAGGUGGACCGAAUAGAACUUGGUUGUAAAGAUCCCCAGCUUGUCGUUGAUCUACGUUAACUAGCCAAUUAGCAGCAGUUGUCUGUAGGUUAAACCACUGUGCCACUGACUGACAGGAAAACGGUAAACUGAGUAUGAUUCAAACACUGUGCAGGAACCUGUAUGCUCUCAAAGUCAUGCAGGGGGCCAGGCAAUAUCAUAAUCACCAUUCUUUUUUUAUUUCAAAAUCAAAUUUAUAAAUGGGCCAUUUCAGUGUUCAGCGAUGAGCAUAUUAUUUAAUUUAUUAUUCUGAACUAGAGAACCUGCUGAAAGACUACUACGUAGUAGUCUCCGGCACGCGAGGAGGGCCAAAGUACUGGCACAGAGUUCUGUUGCUGGGUAGAAGUAUAGCCGGGUCUCUGGAAGGCCACGGUUUUAAAGACCUAAAGAUGGACGAGUCACACUAGUUAUAACCACAACCAUUGAUGUUCUUCAUUUUUUAUUUUUUUUAUUCUGUUAAUUGGUGAUUUUAUUCAGACAGGCUGAAGAAGCAUUCACCUUUUCAUAGAGCAGAACCUCUAUGCAUGUUAUUAUUCAUUGUGCCUUUAACAAAAAAUGCUGUUUUUCCUCUUUCAUUUUGCUUUUCCAUCCAGUCUUGUUGACUAAAAACAAAAGGAACACUUUCAGAUGUCCUGCCCGACUAUGUCAGGAUGCAUGAUUGACAAGUCGGACAUCAUAAAACUGGCACACAUGAUGCACGUGAAGGACAGUUUCAGUUGCCUGCCAAAGACCGCACUCAGGCUCUUGAUAACUCUUCCCCCCCCCCCCCCCCCCCCCCCCGGUAACCUUUGAUGUCUGUUCGCCAACACCACACUGUAAAAACAAAACGGUGGAGCAUUCACACCAUAAUGGUGUUCAAAUAAAUCCCGUCAAAUCAAGACGCAGUAGUUCAGAAACCGCUGUUUGGUAGAGUACUAUACCAGUGCUAAGCAAAUAACGGCGGCCAGAUUCUGCCUGGCCCCACACACGUUCACUUUUAACUUACGUUAAUGUAUGGCAAUGCACGCCAUCGGUUGGUUUACCUCCCUCUAUUCCGGUCUGCCUUGCUUCUCAACUUGCCCCUAGUCCCUACACGGUGCACUACUUUUGACCAGAGCAGUAUUGACCCUAUUGAUUUGAAAAGUAGUGCACAAGAGGGUUAGAGUGCCCGUUGGAACGAAGCCUGUGUGUGUCAGAAGCCAUUUAGUGGUGCUGAUUGAUGAUCGCUGUGGACUGAUCGCUCUGACGCUCCAGCCCCAGGCCAACACGCGACUGUGGUAUUUUGUUUUACGGUGGAGUCCGCGACCGGACGUAAAUCAAGUAAACUGCAAAGCGGGUCUUGCAUUUUGCCCGUCGCAAUAUUGGCGGUGCUGCUCGGGGCAACGUCGUUUCGCUGAGUUGACUGUUUUUUAUUUGACCAGUCUUUGCUUUUCCUUUCUAGUGCCAACAUAUCCUUUUUCAUCUGUGAAGAAUGUCGCUAGGCUGGUCCCAGAUAUAUGAUUGGCACCUCACUGACUAAAUAAUUUGUCAAGACGGCACAAAAAUGUCUGGGACCAGGCUGGAAUUACAUUUUUUAGGUAUCUGUGUAUUUGUUUGCUAAUUUGCUCCAUAAUAUGCGUGUAAAAUGCAUAUAAAAAAAUAAACAUAUGAACUAGU